AAAGUAAAGCGACCUGUUGCCAUGGAUACAACUAAAAUUCGCUGUGGAGGUUAAACACCGUUAGAGAAAGCGCCAGACCGAGGAAGGAGGAUAACAGUUUAAAACCCAGAAAGUGUCCAGUGAGAUUGUUCUGUUAAAGUUCAGCCGAACCGAAUCUGGAUCGUCAUGGACCCGGAGAAGAUAGCCGAAGAGUGGAUGGAGGUGGUAGCGCUGGAGAAAAGGGCGGAGGAGCUGAGGAAGACCAUCAGGAAGCAGGAAGAGCAUAAAAAAAAUUUGCUUCAGCGACUGGUGAAACUGCAAAUCCAAGACAAAGCGAGCAACCCAAGCCCUGCUGAGGAAGAGCUCAAAGCCUUAAGGGAGAGGGCUGAUGAGGAGGUGGAAGCGAGGGAAAUGGAGGCCAAAGUUCAGAGGCAGAAGGAGUUGAAUGCCCAGAUGAAGAAGAGGAUCGAGGAAAUGAAGCUUGAGACCCUCAAAUAUAAACCUUACAAAGAUUUCAUGGAGCGCGUGCUCCAGCACUCCGAGUUUGAUGAUAUGGAUGCACUCACGCAACAUUUGGAUCACAUCAUUUAUGUGAAGGACAUGCUGUCUGAGAGGGGGGCUCAGAUCCAGAAAGAACAGGAGGAGCAGGAAAAAACCCUGCAGACCCUAAAGGAUCGGUUUGACCAUCUACGCAUUCAAGAGCAACUCCAGUUUGUCGAGCUCAACAAAAAACUGGAAGAGGCCCGCUCCGAAGCUCAGAAAUGGGAAAGGAAGUGGAAGAAAGUCCAGGAAACAGCUUCAAAUAAAAAACUGGCGGAGAUUGAGACUGAACUUGGGAUCCUUGACCUCUAUGUCAUGAUCUUUGGGGAGGAAGGAGAUGGGGACAUGAGGCCUGAACAGCAGCUGGUGAAGAUCAAUGAGUUUAUCGUGGACAAUCAAAAGAUCGUGGCACACUGGGAGGCAAUGGAAAAGGAAAUAGCCGAGUCAAAGAAAAAAGCCGAGUCAAAGAAAAAAGCUGAGUCAAAGGAAAAAGCCGAGUCAAAGGAAAAAGCCGAGUCAAAGGGAAAAGCCAAAGCAUAG